AUGGCCCGUCCGGCGGACCGAGCCGGUCGCCGGGCCGAUGGCGUCCGCACCGAGCGCUGGGAUGAGAUGCAACGGCGCCUGGCGCGGAAAGCGGGGCAGGUCGCGACCUUUGAGGACACGCCUCGCUUGCUCAAAGCAGCCGAGGAGCCCGAGGCUUGGGAGGAGCUGCUCCAAACUUGGCCGGAAGCGCUGGGCCCAGCGUCGCGGCUGCGGCCGACGACGGGGUCGUCGUGGGUGGAGACGAAGGACGUGCCCAGCUUGGAGGAGCUCCUCCCCUGGAUCCGCGACGCGCUGGGCGCUGACUUCGUGCGAGAGAACUUCCACCAGCUCGCCGUGCGAGACCGCGGACCGCUCGCGAGCCGGGAUCCCGCACCUUGCUUGAAGCGCAGGCCGUCCGGCGCCAAAACUCCGCCCCGUUUGCAGCUUGAAGGGCCGAAGACCCUCAGGGAAAGCUUGGAGAAGUUCAUGGCAUCGCUGCAGGGGGGGCAAGACCAACGCCUUGUGGACUUGCUCGGGGUGGAACGUCAACCGAGGACUGUGGCUCGCCAGCACUAUGACCUCAACAAAGACCCCCGCGUGGCGGUCGACGAGUUUGUCUUGGCCACCCGGAAGGCUGAACGCCGGCUGAACGCUCGGAAGCUGGCGGCCUGGGGUGCCUCCGAGCUGGUGCUGGACCGCGGGAGCUCGCCCGACCGCGCGAGGGCGAUGCGCAGUGCAGGCCGCGUGAGCUCGCAGAGUGACGAGCCUGAACAAAUGUCACCGCGAGGGCGACGGGCCACCGCGAGGAGUGACCGGCUUGGAGCGGCAGAGGCGGGUCAAGAUCAGAUGCGGAGCCACUUGCUGGAACGGCUGGACUACCUGCACACAUGUCGCGGCAGCAUGGGCGAGUCGCUCUACGCACAACAACGGCACCGCAUCGGAUCCCCAGAUGGGAUCAAGACGGAGGAUGCAGAAGAUGUGGACGAACUGGGCAUAAAACCGGGCGGUUGCAACAAGAUCAACAAAGAAAAUCGACACUUUGACCAACGAGCGACACACGAAAAUGGGGCAUUGGUUGUUCGAAAAUGGGGCUGA